UACUGUGAAUAUUGAACGGUAUCAUGACUAUAACGUUUCGGUAAUCCGCGCGCGCACGCUCGAACUCACGUCUCGACGUUUCGACGAGGACAUCACCUUUGCCAUCGUUCCACUGACUCAGACUUUAUUUUUGAACGAACGACGCUCGAAGAAAACGAGUAGCGUUGUCUUCGAAGAGAAGAAUUAUUCCGCGAAUUUUUAACUGCGAUGACGCGACACGCCAGGAAUUGCACAGCGGGUGCGGUGUACACGUAUCACGAGAAGAAGAAGGACGCCGCGGCGUCAGGUUAUGGCACCAACACUCAACGAGUGGGAAAGGACUCCGUCAAGGAUUUUGACUGUUGCUGUCUGACUUUGCAACCUUGCAGGAAUCCAGUGAUAACAAAGGAUGGUUAUCUAUUCGACAAGGAGGCGAUAUUGGAGUAUAUUUUGACUAAGAAAAGAGAAUACGCGAGGAAGUUGAAGGAAUAUGAGAAGCAGAAACAAAAGGAAGAGGAACAAUCACAAGAACAGACGGCUAAUGAGGAACUGAAGAAGCUGCAGAAUUUUCUAAAGACUGAGAAGACCAUUGUAUCAAGUGGUUCUAGUACUUUGGAUGAAACUUCAGUUUCCAAUAUGAAAAAUGGCAAGGAUAAAUUGUUACCAAGCUUUUGGAUACCUUCAAAGACGCCGGAAGCGAAAGAAAUUUCUUUGCAGAAACCUGACAAGACUAUUUAUUGUCCUGUCAGUGGAAAACCAUUGAAAGUGAAAGAUCUGAUUCCAAUAAAAUUCACCGUGGUCCAGGAUCCAGAUGACAAGAGAUCGCUUAUUGUUAAACAGGCACGUUACAUGUGUCCCAUUACACAUGAUGUUUUGGGCAACAGUGUUCCCUGUGCUGUGAUAAAAACAACUGGUGAUGUGGUUACCAUGGAAUGUGUGGAAAAAUUGAUAAAAAAGGACUGGAUCAAUCCUUUAGACAAUUCUAAAUUGACGCCGUCGGAUAUCAUCCCUCUGCAAAGAGGUGGAACUGGUUACGCAUCUGUUAAUGACUCGUUAGAAGGCAAGCAUGAAAGACCAGUGUUACAAGCAUAAAGAAAAAUUCUCAUGUUAUGUUAUGUGUACAGAUGUCUUCUAUUUAUUUGAGAAAGUACAAAUUUUAAUGUAAAUUAAAAUGUAGUUAAGAAUUAA